AUGGAGUAAUAAUAAUAGUUGUCUUCCCGCUUUUCUUUAUUUUCUGAGCGGAGAUCCUUGGUGAAAUGAGCGAUUUUACCCGAAACGCGUCUUUUAUAGCCGAAAUUUCGAAAUUGGGUCACGUUUUUUUGCAAAAAAACAUGUUUCUCCCAAAAACAUGUUUUUCUGGGACACGUAGAAGUCUAAAAAAUAUUGGAAAUUGUUAUUUUUGCUUUUCGAAAAUGCAAAAAACUCACAAUUUCUUUAAAAAUCAAGUUUUCCCCACGAAAAACAUCGAAUUUUCCACAGCCAUGUGUUAAACAUCUCUGAAAUUACAAAUUUAUCAAUUUGAAAACUGGAAAAUCCCUAUGAACUUCCAAGGACACCCACAAACUAGAAAAAAAGUGAGAAAAAAGUGCAAAAAAAAAAAGUAAAAAAAUUGUGUGCAAACACGGCGACGCACAAAUGCACACAUUUUUGUGUGUUUUGGCGGGAAAGGCGAGGCUUUGGCCGAUUUUCCCGGGAAAAACUGGAUUUUGCAGUUGAAAACAAAAAUAAAAGAAAAAGAACGAGACUCCGCAAAAUGACGGCGCUCACCCGCGCAACGAAAAAAACAUUUUCAAACAUUUAUUUCCCGCCAAUUCUUUUUUCUCCUUGUUUUUCGACGUAUUUUCAUCAGGUUUCGCUCAUUUUCCAUGAAUCCUUCCUCCUUGCACCAAAAAUUAAUGCACCUUUGCUCUCUUCCCCGUUUUUCUAUUAAUUUCUCCAACAUUUAUUUCAGAUUGCCAUAGCAACCAAGGGAAAACCGCCAGGAAAACAAGGAUUUUUGGUGCAUUUUUGGCGGAUUUUUUGGUAAAUGUAAGUUUUUUUUGGGUGGGGCUUUUGGGAAUUUUGUUGAAUUUCAAAAGCAAAAAUGUGUACGUUUCAAAAUUUUUAUUAAUUUUUUGGGAUUGUUUCGAGCAGUGCUUUGUGGUUGUUUCACCAUUGAAAAUUAACUGAAAAAAAUUUAAAAUUACUUUUUUUUAUCUGAAAAUCCAGAUAAAUUUCUGAAUUUUGCAGGGUUGUCCGAUAUCCGAUCGAAACGUGGAGUCGUCCUCAACUCGAGGACAAUUAUCACAAUUUAGUCGAAGAACUUCAGAAUUGUCAGAAGAAGAUCAAGGAAAAUGAGAAAGAGAUCAAAGCGUGAGUAUUUUUCAUCCUGAAAUUAAUUUUGAUUCGAAUUAAAAAUUUUUUUUUCUAGAUUUCACAGUCGCUUUCGUAAAAACCUGCUCCAACGCAAGAAAAACAACGACACUACGGUGGAACGCGAGAAAUUCGACGAAUGUGUUAAGGAGAAGCAGAUUCUUGAGAUGAAGCUGAAGGCGGCCAAACAUCAAUUGCUGCUCUACACAAAUCCGAUGGCGCGCGCGGCGACCGCUUCCGCAAUCACCGGACGCUCCACGUUCCGCCAGCAACCGCCGCAAUCCACGUGGCGUACGCGUGCGGAUGGCGCGAAGGUUUUGGCGACACCCGGGUCGAGGGGAGGAGGAGGAGUAUCGAUUGAUCGAGCACCGAUGGCGAGCAGCUUGAAAAGGUGGGGAAAUUUUUUUCGGGGUGGGAGCGGGAUUUUGGGAAGUGGGUGGGGAAUUUUGGGCGUUUUCAUGAAGAUUUUGGGUGGGUAAAGUUGAAACAUACAUUGCUCAUGUUAAUUUUUUUGGUAAAAAUAUUUUUUCCGUUUUUUUUUUCAUGAAGAUUUUGGGUGGGAAACUUGUAGUUAAAAUUGAGCAUUGCUCAUGUUAAUAUUUUUGGUAAAAAUAUUUUCUGUUUUUUUUUUCAUGAAGAUGGGUAAAGUUGAAACAUUGCUCAUGUUAAAAAAAAUUUUUUUUUGGUAAAAAUAUUUUUUCCGUUUUUUUUCAUGAAGAUUUUGGGUGGGAAACUUGGACUUAAAAUUAGGCAUUGCUCAUGUUAA